CACCGUCCAGGAAAGCAACCGACGGGGUAAACUUUGCAUUUUUUUUUGUUUAGUCCCUUCACACUUUACAGCAUCUACAAAACCAAACCAUGAAACUCCGGAAUUGACUCAAAACGUUACUGUGGAAAGAAGAGAUGGAAUUGACUUGUUUCUCCUCGGGAAUAAAGUUGGAAAGUACGAGGUGAAAAUGGAGAGCCCAGCUGAGUGAGAGUGGGGUGAGGAGGCUGGAUUUGGCCAAGUUGGGAGUCCUGCCCUGCUGCUAGCAGGCUAGUUAGCAUGCUGAGACACUUCGCUAUCUCGGAUAAGUAAUGAGAGCUUCCCUCCGCUGUUCUCCAGCAUGUGAUUCUCCAGGGGAGCUGUCUCAUCUCAUCUGUGGCAAGACCGCUGCUGACAUUGCAGCUUUUUCCCAAUGGAUCAAACCAUGGUUGAUGAAGUUGUUUUUUGUGGAAGCUCCGCAUGACGGAUAACUUUGUGUUUCUCCUAAAGGCAACCCCACUUAAACUUGGUUUAGGGAGGCUGGAUGCUCCGGGCACCCUUCUCCACCCCCCAUCAGCCAUUUUUGUGCCCUGAGCAUCCAUACUGACUCUACUCAUGUGAUUUUCUCUCCUGGUAGGUUUUUGAAAGGCCUUUAGGUACCCAAAGCCUGCAGACAGGGCAUCGUAAUAAAAAGACAACCGCUCGCCAAAAUGCAUUCGUGAACUCAUCGACUUUCCAAACUGGACUUAAGUGGAUGUAUCGGGUGCAUUCAUGAACUGUGAGUGCUGAUGCCAGCUUAUUGGGACUGGAGUGGGUGUAAUCAGCUUUAUUCAUGAACCCCCUGUCUGAGUCUGGUUACACCCUGGUUGUUGGAUGCCCUGAGUGUGUUGAAUCAGCUGUUGCGGUGAUGAGGCAGGGCUCCUGGUGGCCUGUGUGGCUGGCUGGGCAGAGGCCCAAAGUGAUGUGAUGGGGUGCAGGAACAGUAAGGUCCUCCCUGAGCCUCCAGGGGAUGUUCAUUUGAACCUGGUCAAAAAGGUUGAUCCUCCCCAACCUCCUCAGACAGAUAUCUAUAAGCACUUCAUACGAGGGGAUGGCACUGGAAGCAAGAUGGGUGGUGCUGGUGGAGGGGGAGUUGACAAGGCAGACUCUACCUCUCCGUACCAGGCCCAGGCGCAAGCUGCCACCCCCACUGUUUCCACUCAGCCACCCAAGGACCCUUCCGAACUGUCGGACCCUCAGCGGAAGAAGGUGGCGAAAUACCGAGCCAAGUUUGACCCGCGUGUCACAGCCAAGUACGACAUCAAAGCUCUGAUAGGUCGUGGGAGUUUUAGCCGGGUCGUCCGAGUGGAGCACAAGAGCACGCGGCAGCCGUACGCCAUCAAAAUGAUCGAGACCCGGUACCGGGAGGGGAGGGAGGUGUGCGAGUCGGAGCUGUGCGUUCUACGACGCGUUCGUCACACCAAUAUAAUCCAGCUGAUGGAGGUCUUCGAGACGGCGGAACGUGUCUACAUGGUGAUGGAGCUGGCCACUGGAGGAGAGCUCUUUGACCGGAUCAUCGCUCGUGGCUCCUUCACCGAGCGGGACGCCACAAGGGUCCUCCAGAUGGUGUUGGAUGGCGUCAAGUAUCUCCACACUUUGGGGAUCACUCAUCGAGACCUGAAGCCAGAGAACCUGCUCUACUACCACCCUGGAGCCGACUCCAAGAUCAUCAUCACUGACUUUGGUUUGGCCAGUAGCAGGAAGAAGGGAGAUGAGUGUCUGAUGAAGACCACCUGUGGUACGCCGGAGUACAUCGCCCCUGAGAUCCUGGUCAGGAAACCCUAUACAAACGCAGUAGACAUGUGGGCGCUGGGGGUGAUAUCGUACAUCCUGCUGAGUGGAACCAUGCCCUUCGAGGACGACAACCGCAUGAGGCUCUACCGGCAGAUCCUCAAGGGGAAGUACAGCUUCUCUGGAGAGCCGUGGCCCAGCGUCUCCAACCUGGCCAAAGACUUUGUGGAGCGGAUUCUAACAGUGGAUCCCAGUGAGCGGCUGACGGCCGGCCAGUCCCUGAAGCACCCUUGGAUCGUCAGUAUGGCCGCCUCUUCCUCCAUGAAGAACCUACAACGCUGUAUAUCUCAGAACCUCCUUAAGAGGGCGUCCUCUCGCUGCCACAGUACAAAGUCUGCCCAGUCGACGCGCUCCAGCCGCUCGACCAAAUCCAACAAAGCCCGGCGGGUGCGGGAGAAGGAGCUGCGCGAGCUGAACCGUCGCUAUCAGCAGCAAUACAAUGGCUGAAAUGGGGGCGAACAGCGACUGCAGCAUACCUUAUACUUUAGGGGAAACAGCACUACAAUGACUUAGCUUUUGCAGUGACUACCACCAUUUGAAGUCGCUGCCAGUGUUAGAAGCCUGUAAGGGCUUCACCCGAAAAAAAAGGAAUUAAGAGGACCAUAACUUAUGGCUACCAAAAGUAGAAUUAAGUUUGAGAAAUGAACUGCUGCCAUAUGAGACUAUAAAACAAGUCCAUGAGGACAGUGUAAUCUAUGAAUUCCAGUGUGUCUUCUGAUGUGCACAGAAACGGACACACCAGUCAAUUGUUGUACUGCAACGGUUCCAUCAUCUCUCCAUCCAUUCCUUCACAUUUUCUUUGGCAGGAUGGGGCCUUUCACUCCUUUCCUUUUUGUUCUUUCGAUCCCUGUGUCUCUACAUAUUUAUUUAUUAUUGUUGACAUGAUUAUUAGUCUCCAUUCAAAUGGUCACUGGAUAAUGACCUUCCACGAGGAUCUGUUGAACAGAGUUCUGGGUACUGAAGUUUCUAAGAACAAAGGGAUACUUAAGAGGAGGGGGAAAACAAGUUCCUCUCACUCAUUCCUGAUUGAAAAUUGCUGUGAAUUUAUUAUUGUACUAAUUGUACAGAUCGUAACAUGUGGGCGAUGGAAACACACUGCAACAUAACCACACCCUUGAAGGCCAAAAUGAAGGCAUGUUGUUUAUUAGUCAAGUCUAAGCUUAUCAUAUCUUGCCAUUAUUGCUCUGUUAAUAUCAUUGUUCUAAGCUGUCAAAAGAUUGUGAAGCUGUUUUGUGUCAGUGUUUAAUCUUAAAAUUUAUUGUACUAGACAAUAAGCCACACAGCCCUGCUCCCAAUGAUUUUCAGAUAGAUUCACUUAUGAAGUAGCAGCUGUGAGCCCUUCCUGUUGCAUAGCAGUAUUAUUAAGUUUUCAUAAGGUUAUGUGGCUUCGUAGGGUGUUGUAUGGUCUCUUUUGUUGGUCACAGUGAGAAUGGUACAUGUUGUUAGAGCAGCAAUGAUGGCAAACAUGUGUUACAUAGAGAGAGCUACUGGCUGCACCACUCUUAAUAAGUUCAUACUUACACCUGGGCCACGCUGCCUACCUCUACCAUAGCCUCUACUGCUAGCCCUGCCAGCCCUAUCUUUCAUAGAGUUUUACUUUGAUAAAUGCCAUCAAUGAUAGAAUGUCUUUAUAAAUUUAAUAUGUGAGGUGAAAACAGCUUUCUUUAUGACAGCAUGGUGGAAUCUGGUUUUUCAAACUGGGACUCCUGCCUGUUAUUUUACCUGCUUCCAGAUGGAAAUGUGCACAUUUGGAGAACUUGAUGCUCUUCUUUUGGUUGAUAGCAGGGGUUUAACUUGGAGAAUACAAUAAGUCCUGUGUAAGGAGUGUAUGUGGCUGACACAGAAGUGGCCCCAACCAGACCUCUCCAUGCCCAUCAGAAAGAAAGCUGCUUUCAACCUAACAUGUAAUUAUUCAGCCAACGCUGCUUAACCUUAUGUCAACAUGAAAACAUUAAAUUAACAAUGAAGCUAUAUGAAACAUUCUAUUAUUAAUGGCCAAGGCGUGCAAGCAGUUCAGUGACAGACACGCACAGCUGAGGUAGUGUGUGUCCUAGGUGUUAGUUGUACCAGGAGUUCUUAGCGAAUAUUUCAGCAUCACUACAUUUAAAAUGGUUGCACCACACAAAGUAGCUCUUGGAGAGAGAUAAGUAGAGGUUGAGAUAAGUUGUUACUAAAUAUAAAACUACACCCUAACCAGGUGAAACUGUUCAGCACGUAACCCAACUAACUGACAAAAACGUUAGCUUGCUCAAAUAUGAACCGUUUAAAGUGAAGACAAAAAGAGAUAAUAUGGAAUAUGUUUGACAUAUCUGACGUGACCCUUGAAAAAAUGUUGUUUAAUAAUAACUGGGAAAUUUUAGAUUUGCAAAGAUAAUAUUGGAGUAAAUUACCAAAUAACGUUAGCUAGGUUAGCAUAAUCAGAUCUUUCCUGCUCAUUCUACACUACAUGAAUACAACUAACACAUAUUCUCCAUAGAUAUAAAUUACACUAAAUGCUACUUUGCUGUUAAUUUGAAAAAGUUUGUAAUUAAAAAAAAAGAAGUUACGUUAGCACUUAUGAUAUUACAGUGACUUUCCGAGCAACUGAUACAUUACUAAAAUCGGCUACCCAAAGACAAGUCUUAAGUUUAAAUGGUGCAACCUGACUUUGUAAACCUGUUUGAACCUAUAUGCUAGUUACUAUGAUCUUAGAAAGGACUUCAGUCACUCCUGAUGGAUUUAUGAAUAGCUGGUGCAACCCAAUGCAUCAUGCCGCCUUUCCUAGCUAGCUCUGUUCCACUAAUAUCUGUAACCCAGCAGCUUUUCCAUUGCUUGUGUUAGCAUACCACCAUAACAUAUCCCAUCAGUCUUAUCCAUUGGCUCACUGCCAAAAUAACUUAAACAAUAAUAAUAAGAAAAAAGAAAUUGGUCAAAUGACACGUUUUACCUGCCAGUUUAAGGGAAAGUAGGUAGAGUUGAGCUAUGACAAAGAUGAGAAAGGUACAAUCACAUUUUUCUUUUUUUUCUUUUUUCUUUUCUUCUUCUUUCCCCCAGGUCAUGUGUGCCAAACUAAUCUUCUUUGUUAAUCACAGUCAUGUCAUGAAAGACUGACCCAUUUUAGAGUAGAAGUUAGUGGAACAGAAGCUGUUUAAGAAGAAAGGUUGGAUGCUGGUAUUUAGUAGCUCCUAGGCAGGUUGCAUUUGAACAACCCGACUGAAGACUAAAAUGAAGGAAACUACAAAAAGAUAAAGGAAUAUAUAGAACCGAAUUAAAUGACCAUUAGUCUAUAUGAUUUUAAAAUAUUAGACUACAAAACGUAGCACAUGCAUCUAUGCAGUCACUUGUGUGAGGCUUUUUUAGUUUGAAAAGGUUAUUUGAUCCCUUAAAAAGCACUUAAAUUAAAAAAAUUCCUUAGUUAAAGGAAAACUCGAGAUUAUCAAAUCCACAUUGUCAUAAUCAACAAACAGUUUGGACCUCUCUCUUGAUCUGCACUCUCUUAAUUCUGCCUUUUUCAGUCUGAAUCAUAUUCAGUCCAAUAACCAUCAUGUGAAGAUAGUCAGCACCCUUACAUCAUAAGGUAUUGUGACUACUGAUCAACUCUGGAGCUGGAUGAUACGUUGAUAAUAACAAUAUUCUGAAAUGGAAUAUUAUGUUAUGGAUUUAGUUUUUUUGUAAUGUUGUGGUACAAUUUAAAAGGCUGCAUUACAGUAAGUUUCUGAACUUCUUAAACAGUUCAAGCAGAGUGAAAUGAUUGAGUACAAAUGACUUGUGUUGCCCAACAUAAGCACAACUCAAAGAUUCAGGAAAAGUGAGGAGUUGUUUUCCUUUUUUGUUUUUUCCUGUAGUCUGACAAAGCACUUCAUGUAUAAAGUUGAAUUGAAUUUUGUUAAGUUUUAUAAUUACAGUCUUCCUGUUAAUUGGACCUGUUCACUGCGUCUUUUUUUAAAAAUGUUUUUUGGCCCUUCAGAACACUCCCAGAGUAAAUCAGUUGCUACAGCGGGGUCUUUUCCUCUUUUAAAUGAGCAUUUUUCCUGUGAUCUACCCCAGACUUCUAAAGUAUGCUGUUGUUGUGAACUUUUUAACACAUACUGGAAACCUAACCGAGCCAUGUCAGCUGACCUCAGUUUUUCCUUUUUCUUUUUCUUUUUUGUCCUCUGCUUGUUCCAGGAUGCUCUGUCAUCUUUCUGAUGCUACUCUUUCCACUUCCUUGAUGAAAGUCAGAUUUUGGUAUAUUUUGAAAUUUCUCUGUACCUUCGUUCCACUGCUGUUAUCUGUCUGGAUGACUCACCUCUUGGUGGGAGUAAAUGUUUUAUGUAUAAAAGACCAUAAAUGAGGCUAACAUUGGAACUGGUAUUGGUACACUCAAAUCUACACUCUGUUUACUUCUUGGUUCCCUAUUAAGUAUUGUGUACUGCCUGUCAUUGGACAGAUACUCCACCCACAAUGUGUCUUUUUAUUAUCAAAAGCACCAUGUAGGCCUGAAAAGGUUCAUUUUUUCGAAAUGUUGCCGCCUGUUGAGCCUGCAGUGUUUGAUUUGAUGGUGAAAAGAUAGAUAUUGUGUGAAGUAUCAUUUAAAGGUGUCACACUUUCUGCACCAUACAGUUGAAUGAGUUGGGCGUAGUACUUGUAGCGUGUUGAUUGAUGUCUUCUAAAGUAUAUCAUCUUUGUGAAACAUAAAACUAUAACCUCUUUAAAUCUCAGAUUGAGGAAUCACAGUCUCAAAUGAAUCAUUUGGACUCAAAAGAAUUGCAGUGUUCAAAUUAGUCGGCAGCAUCGUUGAGUGUCUAUUGCGUAUCAUGUUCGAUGAGUAAUCAAAUCAGUUCCUUAGCAGUUUUGCAGAAUGUCAGCACAUUUGUAAAAGUGUUUUCUUUCAUGUUUUUAUAUAUCUGUGUGAUUUUUAUAUCAAUGCUGUCGCCCUAAAUGAAGUAGCCAACUCAACACUGUUACCUGAAAACAGUUGUUCAUCUUUUGUAAUUGUGUGUCAAAAUGAAUGAUAACACUUUGAUUCUUCUACCAUUAACUUUUUUUUAUUUUUUCUAAACAGUGAGUUGUAUGUGCCAAUAAAACACUCGA